GAUACUGGAUAGCCAUCGAUCGACCAUCACUGUAUCAGAGGCAAACAAGGGAGGAGUCAUCAACGUUCUGAGAGGAGAAGAGUAGGGUAACAAUGGCGUUCAUGCGGUACUACCGCGGGCUGCCGCAUGGGGAGACGACGUUGGAGGAGUUCAGGGCGUGGCUGAGCCAGUUCGACGCGGACGGCGACGGCCGGAUCAGCCGGGAGGAGCUGGAGGAGGCGCUGCGCAGCCUCAACCUGUGGUUCGCGUGGUGGAAGGCGCGGGAGGCGAUGCGCGCGGUCGACGCCAACCGCAACGGCGCGGUGGACGGCGACGAGAUGGGCAGGCUCUACGCCUUCGCGCACAAGCACCUACACCUCAAGAUGAGCCAGCUGGAGGAGUAAAUUGCAGUGAAAAUCAUUUGUAUAGUCGUGUGCUGCAAAAGUUUGGUAUGAGUUCGUGAGUUCAUUCUGCCCUGUUUGCUGGAUGCAACUUUCAUGAUCUUGGGCUAGGAAACUACCUAAGUCCAAGAAGAAGAAAUUGUACUUUUCUGUACAUAAAUGUUAGUAUGUUACGCAACAAACA